CCGGUGCAUAGAACAAGCGCAAACGGAUCUUGUUACAAACAGUCUAUAUUUAUAAGUGACUUUUAAAGCCGACUUACUAAACCUAGUACAAUUCAUUUGAAAUACUGUAGUCCUAAUGGACAAAAAGUAAUUACAAACACGAAAAGUGGUUAUAGAUUAAAAAUUCUUACUUUUUUCACUGUGUAUUCAUUAAAAAAUUAAAAUGGUGAAGUUUAGCAUCAUAGUAUGGAUUUCUGUCGUAGCAUUUCUAAAUAACGGAAAUGUAAAACCAGUGGAAAGUGAGGAUUCUAAUGCAAAAGCCGAUGAAAAAUACGAAAACGUGCUUCAAGAACUGAAAGCUAUCAAACGUGAAGUUGAAAACUAUAGAAAGACUUCAACCCGACUUUUACAAGAAAACAAAAUUAUGAAAAAUGAACUUGAUAAACUUCACGUAAACGAUCAGAUUCAAGCGAAAAUGAUUGCAAACAAGAGGCUUAAGCGAUCAAAAAGAGAUGAAUCAACCUGCGCUUUUGGUCAAAAUCAAUCUCCGGUUGCAUUCACUGCCUAUUUGGACCAUCACAAGACCAAUCUUGGUGUCGACCAGGCGAUUGUCUACAACAAAGUUCUUCUGAAUAAGGGCGCGGCGUAUAAUGUAUACAACGGUAUGUUUACAGCUCCAAAAUCUGGUAUUUACAUAUUUUCAUGGUCUAGUGCUGCUAGACAAACCGGGGCAAUAUUUGAUAUUUGGAUAAACCUAGUUGUCAACGCAUCAACACAGACAACAGCUGUUGCUGAAAGCCGACUAAGGGGCCAUGAUCAUCAAGGUAGCAGUACUGUCAUCAUUCAUGUUAACAAGGGUGACGUUGUAUGGACAAAACGACUAUCCAGCGGCGGUGCGGAGAUUCAUUCCGAGCCUGAAAGACGGGUUAGCAGUUUUACAGGGGCUUUGCUCUUUGCAGAAGAUUAACUAAGAAAUUGGUAAACGUACGAUUACCAUCCUACUGUUGUUUGCAUAACCAUAUGCACAUUGAGUUAUUUUUUUUAUUAGCUUUCAAUGGAGACAAGAACGAUCUUUCUAAUGGACAGACAUUUUUGGUUUCUCUGUAAAAAUAUUUGUCAGUCAAAUAAAACAACAAUAAUUAUCAAUAGAUCGAUAAAUUUAUUCAAGCAUGUAUAAUAUUUUACGGAAAAUAUAAGUACAAAAACAACA